AUGCACGACAUGCUCACCACCGAGAAGGGCUCGUCUGACGGCGGCAGCCCGGCAAGGGAUCCGAAGGCCUUUCCGGAGGCUGCGAUCGUCGAGGAGAGCUUGUUUAAGCGGACGGGCAACAAGACGUUUGAUAACAGCGAUGAGAGUCUGGGGGCGUUUUAUGAGCCUAUUGAGUCUUAUGAGGGGCGGCAUCGGUGGGAUCCCGAGUUUCAGUGGGAGGAGAAGGAGGAGAGGAGGGUGGUGAGGAAGAUCGAUUACCGAAUAUGUUCCUGGGUUUGUUUGGCGUUCUUCGCUUUGCAGCUGGAUCGCGGGAAUAUCUCGCAGGCCUUGUCCGACAACAUGCUCGAUGAUAUCGGCAUUACAACGAAUGAUUACAACACUGGACAGACCAUCUUCUUCGUUACCUUCCUGCUGGCUGAACUACCCUCCCAGCUUAUCAGCAAGAAGAUAGGCCCAGAUCGAUGGAUUCCGAUCCAAAUGGUCUCGUGGUCGCUGGUUGCCAGUUUCCAAGCCUUCAUCUCUGGUCGGUCGUCCUUCUGGGCGUGUCGUGCUCUGUUGGGAAUGAUUGAAGGUGGUUUCAUCCCGGACAAUAUCCUGUACUUGAGCUACUUCUACACCUCCACUGAGUUGCCGAAGAGAUUGUCGUUCUUCUGGACGUCGUAUCAGUUCACGAGUAUCGUCUCGGCGUUCUUGGCGUUUGGGCUGUUGCGGAUGCGAGGUAUCAAUGGUCUUGCUGGCUGGCGAUGGCUCUUCGCCUUGGAAGGAACUCUCACGGGCAUCAUCGGGAUCAUCACCUACUUCUACCUCCCUCCCUCACCGACCCAGACUGCGAGCUGGUUCCGCGGGAAGAAGGGAUGGUUCAGCGAGCGAGAAGAGAAGAUCAUGGUCAACCGUAUCCUCCGCGACGACCCGUCCAAAGGAGACAUGCACAAUCGCCAGGGCCUGUCUUUCAAGAUGUUCUGGGAUACGCUGGGUGACUACCAUCUAUGGCCCGUCUUCCUUCUGGGUCUCUCCUGGUGGCUGCCGGCGAUUCCUAUGACGCAGUACAUCACGCUUCAGCUCAAGUCCGCAGGUUUCGGAACCUUCGAAACCAACCUCCUCACCAUCCCGGCCUACGUAAUCUUCAUCAUCAACCUCCUCGGCAUAACCUGGCUCUCGGAAAAAAUCAACGAGCGCUUCCUCCUCGCCACCCUCAGCCAAUGGUGGGUGCUCCCCUGCAUCAUCGCCCUCGAAGUCCUCCCCGGCACGCGCAGCCCCUGGGUCUCCUGGAUCCUCGCCGUGCUCGUCUUCGCCAUGCCCUACGUCCACGCCAUGCUCGUGGCCAUCACGUCGCGGAACGCGGGCUCCGUGCGCACGCGCACCGUCGCGACGGCGAUAUAUAAUAUGUCGAUUCAGCUGUCGAAUAUUAUCGGGACGAAUGUUUAUCGGAAUGGGGAUAAGCCGCUGUAUCGCGUGGGGAAUGCGGCGUUGAUUGGGGUUGUUUGUUGGAACAUCCUCCUCUUCGUAGCAGCCAAGAUCUUCUACGUCAUGACGAAUCGGUCGCGCGAGCGGAAGUGGAGUGUCAUGUCCAAGGAGGAGAGGGAGCAUUAUUUGGCUACGACGACGGACAAGGGCAAUAAGAGACUGGACUUCCGGUUUGCUCACUGA